AUGAAUCACUGUUGGCAAGCUUACAACCUUAUGCUGCAAACAGUGAUUGAGGAGGGUGUUGACGUUGUCAUCGCCUCUGACCCUCAGGGUAUAUCCCACGAGGUGGGCGGAUGGUUGCUCAGCCUCAAUGGAGGGGCAGCGCUUGGCGUCUUUGGUCAGCGGAUUUCAGUUGCCAAUGUGGUGAGGGACAAUGAGUUUGUGGCAGCUAGGCUGGACGGCAACGUAUUUGUGGUCAGCUGCUAUGUGUCCCCGCGCCCAGCCAUUGCACACUUCAAUGACUUCCUCCAGAGAUUAGAGGACUGCACUCGCAACCUGAGUGCUGGAACCGAGGUCAUCAUUGCUGGGGACUUUAACGCGCGGUCUGCUGCAUGGGGUGACUGGGAAUCAAACGCCAGAGGGUACGAGCUCAUGGCGUUCGUUGACUCGCUAGGCAUGGUAAUCAUGAAUGAGGGAUCCAACCCGACAUUCACUGGACGAGGUGCAGGCUCGAUCGUCGAUAUAACGAUUGCCAGCGAAGCAUUGGCACAGACAACGAGGAGAUGGACAGUCGAGUGCGAUACAGAAAACGGUUCGGAUCAUCGGACCAUAUCGUUUUGUACGGAGCACGGAACGGACCAAGCUGAGUAUGUCACCCAGAGCAGGAAGUGGAAGACCAGAUGCGGGGUGGAUAUUGAUGCGAUGGCGACCGGAUUACUACUGGCCAGGUGGACCAAUCGGAGUGCGGCCGACCUAGCCGACACUAACGCGGCAGCUGAUGACUUCGAGGCCACGGUCUCCGCGGCAGCGAACUUUGCCUGUCCACAACUGGCGAGUCAUAAGAGAGCGGCGGUGCACUGGUGGACCGGUGAAAUUUCUGAACUCCGAGGGAAAUGCUGUGCGUGCCGGAGAUCCGUCAAGCGGCUCUUGGCUGAGACGCGACGAGCUGGACUAAACGAGACGCCUGCACUUGUUGCAGCUCUGUCUUCUCUGAAGGAUGCAAGAAAAUGCCUGAGGCGGGCCAUUAAACGAAGCAAGGCGCGUUGCUGGAGGGAAAUGCUCGACCUGGUUGAUUCCGACCCAUGGGGUAAACCGUAUAAAAUGGUCCUCCGGAGGCUGGCAGGUCCACAACCGACCCUGAAUAUGGAGAGAGAAUCCUUGGUGAGGAUUGCUAAUGGCUUGUUCCCGCACAGGCCGGCUGUUGCGCGUGCAGAUAUACCUAUCGGUGAGAAUGCGCCCCCGUUGACGAUGGAGGAGUUCUGGAAAGCCGUCCACCGCAUAAGAGCCAGGAACAAAUCGCCCGGACCGGAUGGUAUCGAUACGGCCAUUCUAUUUGCGGUCUCCAAGAUAUGCCCUGAAUGGGUACUAGGUAUAUUUAACAGGUGCCUUGCGUCUGGAGUCUACCCCAUGCGCUGGAAAGCGUCGAGGCUUGUAUUGCUGAGGAAGGGCGACAAACCGGUGGGCGUACCGUCAUCUUAUCGCCCCCUCUGCCUACUGAAUGACGUUGGGAAGCUCUUCGAGUAUCUUUUAGUUCAGAGGAUCGAGCAACAGUUAGAAAGAGCGGGAGGUCUAUCCCCAGUGCAGUAUGGCUUCAGGCGAGGGCGCUCUACCACAGACGCGGCGAUGUCACUGAGGAACACUGCCUGUGAUGCCAUCAACAACAAGCGUAUGUGCGUUGCUGUCAGCCUCGAUAUACGAAACGCGUUCAACACCAUAGGUUGGGAGCAUGUUUUGGCUGCGCUACGCAGGGUGGGGACGCAGCCCUAUCUGCUGAAGUUAUUCAGUUCUUACUUCAGCUGCAGAACUGCGGUAAUCGACUGCUCGGCAUCGGCCGGGUACAGGCUUACUGUCGACGUGACAUGUGGGGUCCCACAGGGCUCAGUGAUCGGGCCUCUUCUGUGGAACAUUGCGUACGACCGAGUUCUCAGAGUCCAGCUCCCCCGAGGAGUUGAGCUUAUUGGGUUCGCUGACGACACUCUGGUAGUCGCGUGCGGAAGUAGUUCCUCGGAGGUUGAGCAGAUGACGAACACUGCUCUGAGCAUAGUUGCGGACGAGAUCACGAGCUUGGAGUUGUCUCUUGCCACGGACAAAACCGAAGGAAUCAUGUUCCGAAGGAAGUACAAGGACACGAUUCCGAGACUCCAGCUAGACAAUACCCAAGUGUCGAUGAAGAGGGCCAUCAGGUACCUUGGUAUCAUGAUUGACGACAACCUGCUGUUCAGCGAGCACGUCCAAGCCACUGCGGACAAAGCACAUAAGGUGCUCCAGGCGCUCAGCAGGUUGAUGCCGAACACAGGCGGCCCCAAAGAAGCGAGAAGAAUGCUCUUGUCAAGUGUUGUCCACUCGGUGAUACUGUAUGGAGCGCCGGUGUGGGGUAAGAGCCUGGACUACUCCAAACAACGGACGGCGAAGCUGCAGUGGGUGCAACGGCGGGUGGCGCUGCGUUGUAUAUGCGCGUAUCGGACCACCUCGAACGUAGCUGCCAACAUCAUAUCUAGGUUGCCCCCAAUAGAGCAGCUCGUAAUAGAGCGGAAAGAAGGAUACUGGGCGCAGAAGAACGCAACCACAGAAAUGGAAGUACCGGGACGGGCAGUACUCCGCCAGAGGACAAUCCGGCGAUGGAUGGAGCAGUUGAGCUCCCUGAGCGACGCCGACAGCGGAGUUUGGACAAGGGCCAUAAUUCCUGACGUAGCGGCGUGGUGUAACAGGAAGCAUGGUCGAACAACGUACCACCUGACCCAGCUACUCAGCGGGCAUGGUUGCUUCGGGAGUUACCUACACCGCAUCAGAAAAGAGGAGAGCAGUAGAUGCCACCACUGCGAGGCUGAUGUCGACGAUGCCAGACAUACCAUGUUUGAGUGUAGCAGUUGGGACGCGGAACGGGCACAGGUUGUGAUGGUGCUGGGUGUGUUCGACAUCGGGUCAACGGCUGACAAAAUGGUGACGAACAGUGAAUGCUGGGAUGCCGUGGUGAGAUUUGCAUCCCGAGUCAUGACGUUCAAAGAAGACAGCGAGCGGAGAAGAAGAGGCGAAGCCCCACGAGUGGGCGCGGACAUCAUUAAUUAG